CCCAUAGUACUCGAGGUGAAGUCGCUUCCCGGUUGUGCACACAGAGCCGCCGUGAUUACAUCGAAACGGAGAAGGAACGACAUAAGUUGACUACAAUCAGUCUUCCCAACACCAAAGUUACUCCAUUUCGCCGUUCCUUCCACGAGUUUGAGUCAUGUGAGGCUCCUGUAAUGUCCACAGAGCAGGAUAAAGAUUCAUUCUCUCUGAAACGAAACCGAGGUGGGGACGGUGGGCUGGAUAUUUUAGGGAGUCCUGGCCUUCGACUGGGGAGCCCUGAUAAAAAGAGACGCAAGUCUAGCACACAGGCACCCUCCUUCUCUCCCUUGUCUGAAUAUGCUCCUCCACUAAACCCAAGCUCAGAUCACUUAAUAGCCGCCAAUCCUUUCGAUGACAACUACAGCUUGCCAUCUUUAAAGCCAUUGUCCUCCGUUAACCCUUACUUUGGCCACUCCCAUCACCAUGGGUUUAGUGGCUAUGGGCCACCCAGGAUGGCCCCACAAAUGGGCAACAGGAUGCCCUUUUCUUAUGGGUCCCCUUACCAGAUGAGAAACCAGACUCAUCCUUUUUCCCAAAAUCCCAUGGUCAUGGGUCUCAACCGGGCACCGGGAUUUAACUACAGGCACCCGGAGAACCCUAAUUACGGGCAUCAGUUUGGCGGCGGCAUGCAGCUGUCUCCAGUCCAACCCUUUAGACCAGGUCUAGGUGAGAAUGUCAAUCAAAUGCCACUUCAGAAUCGAAACUUUCGAAGUAGCCCUGAUUGUGGUCCAGAGGAAAAUUCAGCGUCUUCUAAAACAGGCUUAGACAUGAGUCCUAAAUUCUCCCGGCAACAGAGUAAGUCCCGCACGUCUACGCCCAAACAGGACCCGAACGAGACCUUCAGCAGAAAUGCCACACAGAACCCAUCGCCACGCAAACAAAAUCACAACUGUGAAGGUGGCGCGUCCCACGACAGCACUAAGGGUCGAGGAAACACACCUGCAGCUGUUGAAAAGCUCAACGGUGUCCUUCACCCAAACAACGCCGCUCCCGAUAAAGUUCGUAGAGGAAACGGUAACGGCUCUGCUCCUCUGCCCAAUAAUAAAGUUCAGAGCCGCUCUAACAGACGAAGCACCUCGUCCGAGCCCGUCUAUCCCUGUGGUAUAUGUCUGAACGAGGUCAACGAUGACCAGGAGGCCAUUCUGUGCGAGGCUUCUUGUCAGAAAUGGUUUCAUAGAGUUUGCACAGGGAUGACUGAGACGGCGUACAACCUGCUAACAGCGGAGAUGUCUGCGGUUUGGGGUUGCGACGCUUGCAUGGAGGACAAAGAAGCUCAACUGCUCAAAACUCGAGAUGGCCCGGGGACGCCCUCGGUGACCAACGACGGACAAUCAUGAGAAUGACUUUUGUAAGUAAGUGAUGGAGGUCAGAUGUCUUCCUUUGGCUCACUAUGAUCGAUCAAUGACGUCACAAUGUCAUUUCAUCUCUAAUACUGCAAACAUCCUGAUAAUUAAAACAUUGAUGGGUUGAUUUCCCUUGCAUAGUCUUUCCAGUUUCAACUAAAUGUAAACAUUACAGUUGGUAUCCAGGUCCUGAACAAGCAACAAAAGAAGAAACUUUUUGUUUUCUUCAACCAGACAGAUGUUGUGAUUCAAAGCUUUAUGUGAGAUCAGCAACAGUCUGCGAAAUUAAGAAAUGGUCCUUAAAAACUUUCCAUUUGUUUUAUUUUUAAACUAAUUGAGAGUUUUUAAUAUAUGACAAUCAUUUAAUAUGUAAUUAAUUGGGUCUUUCCCAAUGAAUGUAGCUAUAUUCUGUAGCAUAUUUUCAGAUACACUUUUAAGAGUAUAAAAUAUGUUGACUGCAUUCUGUAAAAGCAUGCAGUAGUCACAUUGAGAAAUCUUCCUGCUUGUGCUACAUUGCUCUUUACUUUGCUAUCUUCUUUCGCUUUGUUGUCAUACAGCGAUGAUCAAAUGAAGUGAAAAUCUUGAAUUCGAGCUAGAGAACAAGCUUGAAGAGUUUGAAACAACAAAUGCACUUGAUACUUUUAUGUUUAGUUUUUUAACUGCUGCUCUCUUUGUGCGUGUUGAUUGGGAUUUGCUUGAUUUUGGGGCAGAAAUAGGGAGGUUUGUUACUUGAAGGCCUUGGGGUGCAAUGCAUAAAAUAGCACAACAGAAUAUUUAUAGAUUCAAAAAUAUCUCAACUAGUUGUCUUUAAAAUUUAAAUUCGUUGACACAGUUUUCAUUGGUCAGUUUUAUAAAGCGAGAUAUUUCACCCCAAAACUUGGAUUUACUAAAUAAAACAUUACAAGAUGCAUUACAGUAUUUAGAAUUGUGGGAUGUUAAGUUGUCAUGAAAAUAAUGUCUCGCAAUAUACCUAAGGGUUUUAAAAUAUACUGGGCAUGUUUUAAUGAGAUCUCUCUAUAUUGUAUAUCAUCUCUAGCAUAUUUUACUUCAUUUAUUUAGACUUUUUUUGGUUUAAAAUGGCUUACCAGGAUGUGGGUACAGUUUGGGUUUGCUAUUAUAAUGUUACAGUGUCAUAUUUUUUUAGGUUGACCAGGGAGCUCAUGAAUGUAUAUUUGAUAUCUUGCACAGACAUUUCAUUAUUCAAAUGUUUUCACACAUUAACCUAAAGAUGAUGUGCCAUUAUACAUGAGUAUUUUUGAGUAUCUACAUACUGAUCCAGAUUUUAUACUACAGUGCCAAUCACAAACAAAAAAGAAGCAUUUUGAAUGAUUGCACUGUAGUUGUGUUCUAUUAAUGUAUCUGCAGGUCAUGAUGUGUCUUUCAAAAUUAUUUCAUUUGACUGUUCUCGGGUGCCUUAAAUGUUUUUUUAUUGGAUGAUGCUGAGAAAUGAUAGCCUAUAAUAAGAUUAUAAACCCAAUUAUCAAUAUGGGGUGAGGGUAUUUGUGGUGUGUGCAACUAAUUUUAUAAUAGAUCAAUGAAUGUAUGGAUUCUAUAGCUGCAUAUUGAGCAGUAUGAAGCAUUUAACAAAAGUACUUGGCAUCCUUGAAACCAAGUUGGUAUAGUUCAUGCAGACAGUUUCUGAAUGUAAAUUCUAGUUGUUUGGUUGUGUUAACUCUGCAUCAUUUUAGAGAAACCUUCAAAGCUUUUGUUUAUGUGCCUUGUUUCUGUCACUUAACACUACGGUGGUUAAUAAAAAAAAUAUGUUAAAAGACAUUUUCUCCUA